AUGACCAAUGUCGAUGAAUUGUUCGGUGAUAUCGAGAUGGGUACAGUCAUUUCUUGCCCGGUUUGUCGCGAAGUUUACAACUUAACUGAACGAUCUCCAAUCAAUGUCCCUUGCGGGCACACUAUUUGCUCACAAUGCUCAAGCGCUCUUGUUCCGCGCCAUACUCAACCUGUAUUGAUGUGUCCAGUCUGUCGAAAGAGGCAUUACGGACAGCUAAACGGCGGAGCAUACACUUUCAGCUUUCCCAAAAAUUAUCAGUUGCUCGAAGUAGUUGAGAAAGUAGCCAGACUGAAGGAGAAGCAAGACAAAGCACGUGCAGACCUAUGCUUCGUCAAUUGUAGAGAUUGCAAGAAACAGUAUUCCGAGGAUUUAUGCACCCAAUGUGUUUGUGUGAAGGAUCCUGCAGGUGCAGACUUGGAUUUUAUGGAUAGACCAAAAAAUCAUUUGAUUUGCGUCGAUUGUAUCAAUGCAUCUCAUCGUACACAUGAUGUGAAACCAAUGGCCGCGGUCAAGGCCGCUUUUGACAAUAUGGUGAUUAUGAAAGAUCUGAAAACGGUAGCCGACCUUAUUCGAGGAAAGUCAGAUGCUUCCAGACGUGCUCUGGACAACUGCACUGAUGAGCUUGAUACAAUCAUUAGUUUAAUUGAAAAGUGCAUGGUCAGAUUGAACGAAAGGCCAAAAGACGCUAGUCUCUACUGUUUAACUGCGAAGUUUCUAAAGAAACUUCAAACGUUCGAGAAAAAUAUUGAAUCCGUAAGGAGCAGCGCCCACUUUCAUGCUACAAAUCUCGGGGGACUAUCCGAUUAUAUCAAGAACUUCGCAGAACAGAGCCGUCCACUACCCGUACUGUUUGCACGCUCAGAACAGAACCGUCCGCGACCACAACGUGUAGCACCAAAUCCAAUACCAGAAGUUCAACAACCACCAGAUUUGCCACAACAGCAACAACAACUACAACUACAACAACCGCCACAGCAAAUUCAGCCACAGCGAAUUCAGCCACAUCAAAUUCAAGCACAGCAAAUUCAACCACAUCAAAUUCAACCACAGCAAAUUCAGCCAGAGCAACAGCAGCAACAACCUCAGAAUCCUGCUCAAAUGCGACUGCUUGACGGUGAAAACAUCCAAAUUGGUGAAGGGGCCAAUGUGAACAUCAUCAUUCAUGUUGCUGAUGAACAUGAAAGAGAGGGACGUGUACGGGAGAUUAUGAAUCGAUUUGGGGCUGGAGCUGAAGCCGGUGACGUUGGUGGAGAACCUGAUAUUAUUGCUUUCGGAAAUAAUGAAGGAGUCGCGGGCCUGCACAUAAUCAAUGGUAGACAGCACGAACAAGUUUUAAACGGAUUACUACGUGGAGUCUUUGAUUUUCUCGAUCAAGUUGCAGUGGAGCCAGGAGUUAGAAACGAGGAGAGGAAUAAUCACGGGCAAGAUCCAAUUCUUGAAAUAGACCCAGUAGUUGAUGAAAUCGCCAUAUUUGACCGGGAUUUGCUAGAUAAUGGUCAAAUGGCUGCCCAGAAUGUUCAAAGAAGAAGAGUUCAAAUUAGACUCAGACUUGAGCAUCCAGAAGCAGCUGUUAACAAUCAACCUAUCGCUGAAAUCGAACAUAAUGAACCAGAUGCUGAAAUUAUGGUCCAGGAGGAAGAGGAUGUACAUAUUCCCGCACAUGUACCUAUUCCCGCUAGAAGAAGAGGAAGACCACCAAAUCGUCGUGGUAAUCGUCGCGUAGUUGCUCCGGAACCGGAAGAGCCAGUUGUUGUGGAAGAAAACGAUGACGUUCGCGGAGGUCUGGCUCUUAGAAGACUUAGAAGACGCAAUCCACCACGCCAUGAUCCUGUUCAACGCGUUCCUCGCGGUAAUAAUAGAAACCGCCGGCAAGCUCGCCGAUAA